AUGUCUACAUCAACUCCUGACCCUUACGAAAUCUUGGGUGUUGCCAAAGAUGCGCAACUACCCGAGAUUCGAUCUGCGCACCGAAAGCUCGUUCUCAAGUGCCACCCCGAUAAGGUCCAAGACCCAACAUUAAAGGCCCAGAAGCAGGACGAGUUUCAAAGGGUUCAAACUGCCUACGAAUUAUUGGCCGACGAAAAGGCGCGAAAACGCUAUGAUGACCAGGCCCGGUUAGCAGAACUUCGCGAGCAGAUGCGGGCAAAGACCGCUGCGAGCGCAGCAAGUCGCCCUUCUGCUUCAGCCACCGCGAGCCCCUCAUCAAGUCGACCUACACCUACAUCUACAACAUAUAAAUACGAAAUCCGCACAAAUGAUCGCACAUACAAGACGGACCGACAACCAUCGCCCGUCCGGGGCUAUUCCUCAUAUUCGCGUUCUUAUGAGGAUGAGCAUCCUCGCGCAGCUGAUAUCUUUGAGGGAGUCCGAACUGUGAGAAGGGAAAAGUCUUACCAAGAUAAAACCACAAAGCGCGAAGAGAGGGAGAGGGAGAAAGAGUUGGAACGAGCGCGAGAGAAGGAGUAUGCCCGAGAACUCCGAGAGAAGGAGCGUGAGCGUGAGCGACGAAGAAGAGCAGACGAAGCCAUUCGCCGUGCUGAGAAGGAGAACAAGGAGGCUGAGAAGGAAGCCCGACGUGCCGAGAAGAAGAGCCGCGAUAAGUCUCGCAAGCGAGAUACUGAGGAGAAAAAGCGACAUACGAAGCCUUACAUUGAGACCUACGAUGGUGAGCCCAUCUCAUCAAAGUCCGAGAAGAAGAAGUCCAGCAAGAAGCAUGAUGAGCGACGCGAGCGUGAUCGAUCAUCACACCGUGAGGAGGCACCUCCCACGACAAGCUCAAUGCACCCGCCACCCAUUCCUGUGGAAUACCAGGAUAAGACCAAUGCUGCACUCAACUACAUCCAGGCCUCCAGAAGUAAAGGAUCAUAUGCUUCUCGACACAUGGUCCAACCUCCCGCUCCUACACCUCCUCCAGUCGGCUCUCCUUUCGCUGCUCCGGCUGACGAUGACGAUGCCCGCCGAUCAUCCGCCAAACCCAGACGUGGAUCCACAGGCGAGAAGGCUUACAAGCCUGAGGUUGUCGAUGAUCCUAUCGAGGCCACUCCUCCUACCGCUCGUCCUCAUAUGCACAAGUCAGCCACAGCUACUGGCGCACCUACCACAUCUCCUCCCAGACGGACGAAUACUAUGCCCAAUGAGGGUUACAGUCGCCACGUACCAGGCAUCUCUCGAGCUCAAACCUUCAGUGGCGCGUAUCCCGAGCCAGACCCCCGCGGUCGUGGCCGCACAAGGAUGCAAGCUCAGGUCCCUGAGAGCGAUGAUGAGGAUGAUUAUGAUCGCUACCGACGGGAACGGGAGCGUAAAUCUCACCGCAGCAGCAAGAAGCAUCGCUCUCCUGAGUCGCGUGGCGAACAUGUGAUGCAGUACCGAGUUAAUGAUGGCCGCACAACACUACAGAACUCAUACUCACGCGCCACUCCUGCUGAGGAGGCUUACUCAUACUACGCCAACCAACCCGGCGUUCGCGUUGUUGAGCGUCCUUCCAUGCCCUCUCGCGAGGCUACCUACUCUGCUGGCUACGCCAACUACCCCGGAAAGGUUAAGACUUCAAGUUACGGCGAUGUGCAAUUUAGCGAGUACCCAGCUUACCGCGAAGCCUAUGCUGCCUAG